UGGUGGAAGAUUUGAAUUCAAAUUACAUUGCUUGCUUUCUUGUGAAAAAGGAACAGGAAGAAAGAGAUUAAGAAAGGAAAUAAAGAUGUGUACUUAAAGACAUGGUCCUCACUCUUCUUGUUCUAAACCUUGAUGAGUCUCAAGUAAUCCCAAAAUGGGCGACCGAUUAACUGCGGCUUCAAAAGCUGGUAAUGUAACUGCUUUGUAUGAAUUAAUCGAGGAGGAUGCCGAUGUUUUAAGGCGUGUUGAGGAGAUAAUGUUUGUGCAUACGCCUCUGCACAUAGCAGCUUCUGAUGGGCAGACUUGUUUUGCAAUGGAAAUGAUUAAUUUGAUGCCAUCGUUUAGCCGUAAGUUGAACAAAUCUGGGUUUAGCCCAAUGCAUCUUGCACUUUUGAAUGGGCAUUCCAAGUUGGUGCUCUUGUUUCUACGUGCAGAUUGUGAUCUCGUUCGUGUUAAAGGCAGAGGAGGCAUGACCUCUUUGCAUUAUGCAUGUACGGAGCAUGGAAAUGAUGAUGUCCUCGCAAAUUUUCUUGUUACUUGUCCAAAAUCUAUUGAAGACUUGACAGCUCAAGGCGAGACUGCUUUGCAUAUGGCCGUUAAAAGCAACAAUUUUGGUGCUCUUGAAGUUUUGGUCGGAUGGCUCCGAAGAGUUUGCCAUGAAGAGGCUUUCAAAUGGGAAAUAAACAUUCCUAAUUGGAAAGAUGAGCACGGCCAUACUAUAUUGGAUAUUGCAGUAUCUAAUAAUAUGCAACUUGAGGUCCUUAAAUUGUUAGCCGAGAUAAAUGCUAAAACAUCUGAUAGUCUGACAGUCUCAGACAUCUUACGAAGGCGCCAAUCCAACUUGGGAAGAAACAGAGUACUUAGAAUUCAAUGUGGUAUUACUGAUCCAGAGCAGAAUGCUUCAACUCUUGCAAGUUAUUUAAGGUCAAAAUUAUCUAUUGAUGAAAGGUUAGCAGUCUACAUCACUCGUCAUAAAAUGAAAAUCUCAGAUGAUGUGCGCAAUAUAUUGCUGGUGGUGGCCGGGUUCAUUAUAGCAUCAACCUUGCAAAUUGUUCUCAAUGACCCGGGUGGUUUUCAGAGGGAUGUUGGGGACAGUGGCAACAACAAUUCUGAAGGAACACCAGUACCAUCACAGUCACGCCUUUCAGACAGGGCUGCAAUGACAGUAUUCUUGCUGUCCUCGUUGUACAACAAUACCGCCUUUUGCAUCGUGAAUGGUGUAAUUGGUCUUCUCCUUCCGGAUGGCUUGUUCGGGAUGAUCCUGAUUCGGCUACUGCCUGUCUCGAUACUUUGCUAUGUUCUGUGGAUACAACGCAGCUUGCCAAACGGACUUGUCAUAUAUAAUUUGCUAGUUUUCCUUUUGGCCUACGUAUUUGUAUUCCUUGCUUUUGUUACUUAUUCAAGGGGACAAAAUAAACUUCGGCAACUUCAGAGCAAUACAAAUAACUUUGCUGGUUCAUAUAGAAAAAGAAAAACUGAAGCAGCUGAAGGUCAAGCCAAUAGUGCUACUAGCGCUGACCCAGAUCCAUAAAUGUAGAUUCGGAUGAUUGUGCAACGUGGGACAUGAAUGGCUUUGCGAUUAAUCUCUUAGCUUGAUGUGUCUCCAGUCAUCUAAAUAGGUUGUUGAAGAAUGAUUGAAAUCUGGGUUUGAUGCUAAGGAACAGUGGCGGGCUCAUCAGAUGUUUGAAUGUUUGUUUAGUUAAACGGCAGUCUUUGAGUCGUUUUGGUGAUUCUAAAAGUGACACUGUGUAACUAAACGAUCAGCUUAUGUGUUGUUUGUGCGUAUAAGCUGAAACGCUUUAUUGUUUGUCGUUUUUAGUAGUCUUCUUCAAGUGUCUGUUGUAUUAGCUGUUGCUAGCUUUGAUUCCUGCGUCUGUUUGUUAACUUUCAGUUCUUUUACCAAAUCCGACUUUUGUGGGUUUAGUUAAUCUGUUGUAACUAAGUAUACAAGCUUAGAAUAGAAUGAGAAAUUUGUG